AAAUAGGGGGGGGAGAGGAGGUCUGGUUUUCCUCCACCAACGUGAGCUUCUUCGUCGUCGCUGGCGGUGGGAGAUGGGGAACUGCUUUGCCCCUCCGUCGACGGCUACCUCCUUGCGCAGCCGCGGCUCUUCUUCGCAACCUUCCAAAGUUGUUGCCAGUAGAACAAGCUCAUCUUCAGUUCCUUCUUCAUCUUUGGCAACUUGUUCCACCGCCUCAACUUUCACCAUGCCUUCAUAUGGCGAAAACACUAACUUGCAGAGAACCGAGGAUGAAAUCUUACUUGCCUCGAGCUCAAAGGCCUUCACUUUGAAUGAGCUGAAGAGUGCUACUAGAAACUUCCGCCCGGAUAAUCUCAUCGGCGAAGGUGGAUUUGGUUGUGUUUACAAAGGUUGGCUAGAUGAACAGACUCUCACCGCCACAAGACCUGGUAAUGGAAUGAUGAUUGCCAUCAAGAAGCUUAAACUUGAGAGUUUUCAGGGCCACAAGGAAUGGCUGACCGAGGUUAACUAUCUUGGUCAGCUUCAGCAUCCAAAUUUGGUCAAGCUGAUUGGCCACUGCUCUGAGGGCGAGAAUCGACUGUUAGUCUAUGAAUACAUGGCGAGAGGCAGCUUGGAGAACCAUCUAUUUAAAAGAAGUGUUCAGCCACUAGAUUGGGCAACAAGAAUCAAAGUCGCAGUUGGUGCAGCAAGGGGACUUUCAUUUUUGCACAAUCCAGAUUAUCAAGUAAUAUAUCGAGAUGUUAAGGCAUCUAACAUACUCCUCGAUCAGGAUUUCAAUCCCAAGCUUUCAGAUUUCGGUCUCGCAAAAGCUGGUCCAACUGGGGAUUUAACUCACGUCUCCACUCGAAUCAUGGGAACUCAAGGAUAUGCAGCUCCAGAGUAUCUUGCAACAGGUAAACUGUCUGCGAAAGCCGAUGUCUAUAGCUUCGGAGUUGUACUGUUGGAGCUUCUAUCAGGACGAAAAGCCCUGGACAGAACAAAAGCAGUCUCAGAGCAGACUCUGGUGAGCUCUUUGAGACCUUGGUUGAACACGCUAAAACUGCACAGAAUCAUCGACCCAAAGCUGGAAGGUAAAUAUCCGAAGAAAGCAGCUGAUGCUCUUGCGUUGCUUGCUUCGAGGUGCACUGCCGACAGAGCCCAGUUCAGACCACCAAUGUCCGAAGUCUUGUCAACUCUGGAGCGAUUGCAAGAUCCCAAGUUUGCAGUCAAACAACCACUGCCUCAUGGUGAGAUGGGGAAAGCUUCAAGUAGCUUACCAAAAUCACCACUGAGGUGCCAUCGUUCGCCUCUUCGUCAAACUGGGAAUGCCAUUUCGAACCGCUAUUCGGCCUCUAAAUGAUCCCGGAGCAUUAAAUCAGUACCUGUACUGGAAAUUAAUCAAAACAAGAUAUGUCUAAAACCAGACCUUUGCUGCAAUUACAUACUCAGGUUGAGCAAGACACAGGAUUACUGCUA